ACAACAUUGUAAAGCAAUUACACUCCAAUAAUGAUGUUAAAAAAAUAAUGCAACAAAUAUUUCACUUUCACAUUUUUCAAUAAAAAAAGAAGUUAGUCCUUUAAACAAAUAUAGUUUGCUGGGGCUUCAUUUAAUUAAUAAAUCUACAUGGAAAUUAUAAAAAUGUUGGAAAAUACAGAAAAGCACAAGGAAGUAAUUAAAACCAUUUAUAAUUCCACAAUUUGAAGAAAACUACAUCUUGAUGUGUAUUAUUCAAGUCUUUAUUUCAGGAUGUAUGCACGGUAGCACUGCUCAUUCUCUUCCCUUUACAUAGUUUUUCUACCCAAAAUGGUAUUCACACUUUUCAUCCUAUUAUAGCCUUCUAAACUCUGUGAUUAUGUGGCAGUCAAUACCUCAUUUUUGCACCUUUGAAUCAUUUUUGAAUUUCUGUGAAAACUGUGGUGAUGAAAAUAUUUACAGCAGUGAGCUUCACAUACCCCUGCAUAUAUCCUUAGAAUAAAUGUACUUAAGACAAAACAAAUACACAUUUUCAAAGCUUUUAUACAUACUAUUAAGCUGCCCUCAAAAAGGUUCUAUCAAUUUGCCCUCCUAUAAGCAUUUUUUUCAGCGUUCACAGAAUUCUCUUUUAAAUCAUUAUCUAAAAAAAUUCCUGCCAGCUUAGGGGGCAAAAAGAAAUCUCAGUGGUUUAAUUUGCAUUUCCUUGUUUUGAUAGUGAAGUCCCUCACGCUCACCUUUAUACACCUGCUGGAGAUAGUUGACUGGUGGUUAAGUGGGGCUACUCUAGAGCCGGACUCUUCACUUACAGGGGACCUUGGGCAUAAUGAAGGACCGGCUAGUAGAACUUGUGGAGUUAACCAAGCGGUAUGAACAGCAGUUCCCAGACAAGGACAAUGAAUUUGACUCGCCCCCCGAGGAUAUCGUGUUCGAGACGGACCACAUCCUGGAAUCCUUGUACCGAGACAUCCAGGACCUUCAGGAUGAAAACCAGCAGCUAACUUACGACGUGAAGCGGCUGGGAAAGCAGAACACCCGCUUCCUCACGUCCAUGAGGCGCCUCAGCAGCAUCAAGCGGGACACCAACUCGAUUGCCAAGGACAUCAAGGCCCGGGGCGAGAGCAUCCACCGCAAGCUGAGCGCCAUGAAGGCGCUGAGCGAGGUCGCCGAGGCCCAGCACGGCGCGCACUCGGCCGUGGCGCGCAUCGCGCGCGCACAGUACAGCGCUCUCACCCUCCCGUUCCAGGCCGCCAUGCUCGAGUACAACCAGGCCGAGAUGAAGCAGCGCGAAAACUGCAAGAUCCGCAUCCAGCGCCAGCUGGAGAUCAUGGGCAAGGACGUGUCGGGCGACCAGAUCGAGGACAUGUUCGAACAAGGCAAGUGGGACGUGUUCUCAGAGAACCUGCUGGCUGACGUGAAGGGCGCGCGGGCGGCCCUCAACGAGAUCGAGAGCCGCCACCGCGAGAUGCUGCGGCUGGAGAGCCGCAUCCGUGACCUGCACGACCUCUUCCUGCAGAUGGCCAUGCUGGUGGAGCAGCAGGCUGACACCCUGGACGUCAUCGAGUUCAACGUGCAGAAGACCCUCGACUACACCGGCCAGGCCAAGGUGCAGGUGAGCAAGGCCGUGCAGUACAAGAAGAAGAACCCCUGCCGGACCGUCUGCUGCUUCUGCUGCCCCUGCCUCAACUAGCAGAAGGCCCAGGCCGCCACACCCCAUCCCCAGCAGGAAUGGGAGGGGAAGCACACUGGGAAAGAUUUUGAGGCUGUCUGCACUGGGGUGAGUUGCCCUAAUCCCUAGGGACCUCAGUCUUUAGAGAAGGAAAAAACUCGGUCCCAGAAUUCCAGUCCAGCUCGUACUUGGAAAGAGAGCUGAUCCCACCCGCUGUUUCAUCUGUAAGGACAGAUGCCUACUGAAGUUUUGUGAGGUCAUUAUAUGGCACAUAGCACCCUUGCCUCUUAAAGGAAGCCAAAAAAGGAACUGACGUGGCAACAUACUCUACGGUAGAUGUCCAAGGCAUGUUUGUACAUGGACCUCUAGGAGGAAGUCAGUCCUGCAUCGGCUCACAGUAUGAACUCCUUAUCAAGGCUUCAUUUACCCUAUCCUGAAAGUACCUCUGUUGUGUUCAUUUUUGAGUGAACCGAUCUUGGGAAAAACUGCACAUCUGCCAUUUCUGAUUCUUCAUCUGGUUUACGCUAUGUGAUUCCCGCCUGGAUGUAUAUCUUCUUUCUGCUCAUCUCCUCUACUUAUUAAAAUUACAUUUAACACUUACUAUUAUUUACUUACCUCUUACUUUUAAUAUCUUCCAUCAGAAUGUAAUUUGGGAUUUUUUUUUUGCAAAGAUUUUUAAGCACUGAGUAUUGAACAGGCACUCAAAUUGAAGUAUGUUUGUCACAUUAUAUAUAU